UGAAACGGCGCCAAACUGGAAGGGUGGGGGCGUGGCUUUAUCCCUGUUGCUGGAAGAAGUUUUCUUCUGCCCCGAAUGGAAUUCGUUCGGGCCUGUAUUUCCCCAUCAUCCCGUCAAGCCAGCCAGCUUUCCUUCACGUCACGUGACAAAUGGAAGGCUUGUUCUGAGAGGCGGAGAUGCGGGUUAGAAAGGUACCAGAGCAAUGGAGGAGCGUGGAGCGUUUGAGAAGGAGUUGGGAUUAUGAAGAGGAAACGAACGUGGUGCUCAGAACUUGCGUCUUUUCCAGAUGAGAAGCCUGUAGGUGAAGGAAAAAGAAAUUCUGGGACAGUGGUGGCUGCUGCUUCAGUUUCAAGUGCGUGGCUUCGUUGUGGUGAUGGAUUUCAGACAGCUUCUUCAUUGGAGACUAAAGAAUCUUCAGAAAAAACAUCUAGUGUUAAAAAGUGCUUUGCAUCAUUGCUCAGCUCAGUCGAAGAAAUCUCUCAAAGUGAGAGCUUAAAUGAAUUAACUGACAUAGUAUGGAGCUCCAGUGGGAGUGACGUCUCAGAUGACAACAAUAAGACUUUGACUUCAAGAUUCCCAUGUCUGAAAGUGGAGAAAUAUAGAAAACACAGCUUGAUCUCCAAGGAUGGAUGUAAUGAAGGUGAACCACACACAAUUGAUUGGGAAAAUGAUAGUGAUUGUGAAGAUAAUGUUGAACAGUACAAUGCAUCAAAAACUGAUGGUUUUUCUUUCAAUAUAUCGGACACUGAUUCUUGUACAGACAGCAAUUUCAUGUCUGAUGAAGAGAAGGAAGAUAAACCUUCAAAGAUGAUUUCUAUAGAAAUUUCAGAAUAUUCAUCAGACAGUGAAAAUAUGGAAAAAUGCCAGGUGGAAACUGAAGCUGCUAAUUUAGAAUUUCCUAAAAAGCUCCAUUUCAGUUUUGGAGCAGGGAUUGAAACAGAUACAGGAAGAUCAGCAAGUGACUGGUUGAAAUCUGCUCAGAUAUUUCUGCAGACACCAGAGAAAAAGGGAGACAAGAAUUUGAAGACUCCAGAAGAUUCUGCAAAGAAAAGAAAAUUUUUGAGGGGAGGGCUAGCAGAGCGACUGAAUAAGCUGCAGAACCGAGAGAGGGCUGCCAUUAGCUUUUGGAGGCAUCAGUGUAUUUCUGAUAAUCAAAUACCUUCAGGUGGUAAAUCUGGUGUACUAACUGUGAAGAUCUUAGAAAUGCAUGAAGAAUGCACUCUGCACAUAGCCAUUUGCCAUCAGUUGGGACAAAUUUGCACUGGCAGUUCUUCCACAGAAAAUGCUGCUGAUGGCCUUAGACUUAAAGUUCUUUUUACAAAAGAAACAGCAGUUCACCUCAAGUUAUCUCUGCAGGAUGUUUUGUAUAUUCAUCAUCCUUGGCAAAAAGUUCUUCUUCCUAAUGAAAACAUUCCAGUUAUCAUGAAUACUUAUUUCAGUCAAAAGGUUGUUAAAGAACCAACAGAGAUGGAUAGGCCACAUCUUCGAGAGCCAUUGCUUACUAAAAGAAAAAUAUCUUUGGCUUGGAUAUUCAGUUUUUCCACAGUAAAAGACAAUUGGCCUCAAGCAUCUGCAAUUAAUCAGGUUCCCUGUAUCAAUAUAAAGCCUUUGAAGACUGCACAUAUUCAUAGCAACAAUGAGUCCAAAUUAUCCCCCUUUGGAGUUACUUCCUUAAGUGACUCUCUUCUUGAUGUUGUGGAGACACAAGGAAGAGCUGGAGGGAGAGGAAUCCAGGUCCAAGUGGUUGUUCAACGAGUGUAUUAUUUGCUUUCUAAAGAAAGUUUAAGAUGUCACCUUCAGAAAAACACUUCCAAAACGGCUACACCAUUGUUACAUUCAGACCUGCCAAAUGUUAGAUUGUGCCUCCUUGUUCAGGAUGCCUAUGGAAUAUUCAGUGAGGUACAUUUUCAUGUCCUGUUUUCUUCAGAACAGAUAGAAAAAUAUAGCAAAAGAUGGGAAGGAAAAUACUGCCACUUAUCUGGAAUUAAAAUUUUGCAGAGACUCACCAGAGGGAGAGUGCUGGGACUUUUUAGCCUAAUAGACAGUUUAUGGCCACCACUAUUGCCUCUAAAAGUUCCAGGUCAAAGUCAAGAGAAUGACAUGCAUUCCCCCCACCCCCCACAUUGUUCAGCCAAAAAUGGAACAGCUUGUAUCUCAGUAAAAAAAGACAGCCCCUACCCUCAUGUUUACAUCCGCAAAGACAUGACACAGAAGGAGGAAGGAUGGAGGCAAAAGAGGAAAGCAACAAACAUAGUUACUAACCUGCCCCCUCCUAGUAUCUGUUACAUUCUUGCUGCUCAACCUGACCAAAUACACGUUGAUACAGAUGACAGCGAAGAACAAAUUUCCAAUUUGUAUUUCCCUCCAGUUGUGCACAGUCUCAAGGAAAUUCUUCAGAUGGGCGGCAUACAUCAGUGUUGCAGCUUUUGGGCACAUGUUGUAUAUCGAAGACUGCAGGUAACAGGUACCACUUCUUCAAGCCAAAAGCAAUUUUGGCUCUUUGUGACUGAUUUCUCUCUGCAGAAUGGAGCUGAAAUCAGUCCUGAAACUCCAAAAGCUUUGCCAGUCUCUGUUGAUUCAUCAUGUGUGAUUGAUGUAGAAGUAAUGGAGACACUCAAGAGCACAUCCCCAUGUGAUAUAUUCUUCAAAGAUGCUCUAUGUGGAAAUGGUAGGAUUAUUUGCAUUGAACGUACCGUUCUCUUGUUACAAAGGCCCCUUUUGUAUAGGGCUGCUAGUGCUGACAUCACUGAACUCACUGGUCCUGUCAGACUAGAUGAGCUGGAUUCUGCAACUCAAGUCAAUUCCAUUUGUACUGUAAGAGCCACUGUUGCUGGUGUUAAUGAGAGAACUGCUUUCUCGUGGCCUACAUGUAACAGAUGUGGCAAUGGAAAAGUAGAGCAGCAUCCACAAGACAGAGACUUGCUCUACUGCAGCCAGUGUUGUGAUGCCAUAAUUUCACCAGUUCUCAAGAUGCACCUGGAAGUCUUUCUGCACUGCCAGUCCAGACCAUUAUGCACAAUAAAAGUAAAGCUGCUGCAAAAGACCAUUUCUUCACUCCUGGAGUCAUCCUCUGCUGAAGAUGGGAGUUAUGAAGUGAAGAGUGUGCUGGGAAAGGAAGUGGGGGUUUUAUAUUGUUAUGUCCAGUCUGUAACCAGCCACCCAUCUAGCUGUGUUGGAUUAGAAGAAAUUGUUCUCCAAGAUGCAGGAAGAAACUAAAGGAAAUACUGUCCGAUACUCUGUCUAUGAACUUUGUAAUGUAGUUAGUUAUGAACUAUACUUGUAGAUAAUUUAUAAUGCAGUUGUGAUAAAUUCUGUUUUCAGAGAUUACUCUGGAAAAAAUUGCUAUUUUUUUAAACAUUCACAUUGAGCAUGUACCAGACAGCAUUCAGCAUUUUCAACUCUGAUGUGAAUGAGAGAAAUUAAAUGCAUGUGCUUAUGUAUCUCCUACUGAAGUCAAUGGAACAUGCAGAUGCUUGACAGCAAUGGAGUGAAAUGCAUUUUUCCAACAAUAUUUUUUCCCCUCUAUCUGGAAGAUAAUUUUUGUAACGAGUUUCAGGGACCAAAAUAUUUCUUUUUCCCCAGAAUAUAAAAAUCAAUUAUGUAUUUUGUAAAAGUAUUUUAAAAUCAUUUCUAAGCUAUGCAUUUUAAGAUACUGUGGAUAUUACUCCAUUAACAGAUGUUCCAGUAAAUAUUUGCUGAAUAGGCUGCAUUGAAACACUGUGUCUAAUAUGACAUGACUGAUGCUGUAUUUGUUACCAAAUUUUAAUAAAUAUUACAAAGAGUCAA